AUGUCGCACACCACUCAAAUCAGGCAUUACUCUCGACGUGUACAGCAGUCCACCGCUUCACCUGCGGGCCACCUCAACCCCGGGAGGAUCCCAAUCGAUACAGAGGGGCAAGGGGGUCCGGAGGCGUGCAGCAGCAACGAAGAGGAUCGAUCGGGCUUCCGCGCGGCAAGUGUUGCUUCCCGCCGGGCGGCGUGUGCAAUGGGAUGUGCGCGCUCGAAGAAGCAGGUAGAUGAUCCCUUGGCGAACGGCGACGGAUCGGGCAGCGGUCAGCCACUCACGACGAGGGAGAUCGAAGAGCGUGUCGAUGCUCCACCACAGAGCGAAACGGUGCAAAUCGCAGGUUGCUCGCUCAGAUACGCAUACGUAUCUCAAAGAGGUUUCUAUCCCGAUGAUCGCGAGAAGGCCAAUCAGGACGCGUACGGAGUUGCCACACACUACGGUGGAGAUGCUAACAAGGCGUUAUUCACGGUGUACGAUGGGCACGGGAAGGAGGGCGACCUCUGCGCGGCGUUCUGCAAGGACACCCUGCCGGGGGUGCUGAGCCAGGAGUUGAGGGAAAGCAGGACAGUCGAGGAUGGCUUGAAAAGGGCCUUCAAUCGCACCAACGACCAGUUACACCGCAACCGGAACGUGGACGAUGCUUUGUCGGGCACCACAGCAGUGGCCUUGUACCUGGAGGGGAGGGACAUGUGGGUGGCGAACGUGGGGGACAGCCGUGCCAUCGUGGUGCAGGAGCACGAGGGAAAUCUGGUGGCGAGGCCGCUGUCGAGCGACCAGACGCCGUAUCGAAAGGACGAAAGAGAAAGAGUCAAGGCGGCCGGGGCUCGUGUGAUGUCGAUGGACCAGAUCGAGGGGCUGGAGCCGAUACACGAAAACUGGGGGGACGUUGACCUCGGGGUGGAGCUCGAUGAGGGGGGUGACCCACCGAGGAUCUGGAGUCCCUUCGGCGAGUAUCCGGGUACGGCCUUCACGCGCAGCAUGGGGGACGUGAUCGCGGAGGAGCUCGGGGUCACGGCGGAUCCGGAGAUCAUUCGACGAAGAAUACACCCAGAUGACAAGUUUCUCGUGAUCGCGAGUGAUGGGGUGUUCGAGUUUCUUACCAACCAGAGCGUGGCAGACAUGGUGUCCAUGUACCCGGACCCGCUGGAUGCGUGCAAGAAGGUGGUCCAGGAAUCGUACGAUCUGUGGCUGCAGUACGAGGUUCGGACGGACGACAUCACCAUCAUCUGCGUGUACAUCGAGGGGAUGGAAGCGGAGAAGACGGGGUCGCCGAAGGCGAAGGAGGCGGACCUGGACAACAUCGCCCUGCAGGGGCUGAGGCCCGUGCGCAAGGAAACGUCUUGGCACCGCAAGCGCCAGCUGAUCAUGUCGAACGAGCCCGUCGGCUGGCGGAAACCCCUCCGCCUGGAAGGCACAAAGGAGGAGUCGUACACCUUGGAGGACCACGUCGUGCCCAAGUCGGCGGAGGAGCGGGCGUGCAUCCUGCAGGCCAUCAAGACCAACUUCUUGUUCGAGCACACCACGGACGAGCAGAACAAGGUGCUGGUGGACGCGAUGCGGAAGCGGAAGGUAAAGGCGGGGGAGUGGGUCAUCCGGCAGGGUGACAAGGGCGACUGCUUUUUCAUCAUCGACAAGGGGACGUUCGAGGUCAGGGUUAACCCUUACCCCGGCACUACCGGGGUCAUUACGGACGAGAAGGAUGCGGGCCAAACGGUACACGUGUACGAGCCGACGGACACAAGCAAACCGUGCUUCGGACACCUGGCGCUCAUGUACAGCAAGCCAAGGUCUGCGAGCGUGUUUGCGAAGACAAACGGCUCGUUGUGGGAGCUGGACAGGCCGGUUUUCCAGCACGUUUUGCUCAAGAAGUCGAGGCGGGAUGUGGCACACACGCUGCGGCAGGUGGGCGUGUUGCAAACGUUGACGCUACUGCAGGUGCACCAGCUCUGCGACGUGUUGUCGGAGGUGGUCUAUGAGGCGGGCCAAACAAUCAUCACCCAGGGGGAAGUGGGCGAUACGUUUUUCAUUUUGAAGGAGGGGCGCGCCUUGGUGACGCAGAACGGGGGCAAGCCCGGCCGGGAGGAGAAGCGUUUGCGGCACAUGGAGGAGUACUCGUUUUUCGGGGAGAGGGCGUUGCUCACGAGGGAGCCGAGAAGCGCCAACGUCAUCGCCGAGACAAAAGUGAGAUGCUUGGUGCUGUCUCAGCAGGCGUUUGAAAAGCAGCUGGGGCCGCUUUCAGCGCUGAUCGACAAGGAACGGAUAAAACGGGAAGAUCGGGGGGGAGUCCCGAUGCUUCAGGAUCUUCAACUCCUAGGGGAGAUCGCGAAGGACGAUCUCGGGCAGAUCAACGCGUGCCGAUUGCCACAAAGGUCCACUCCCUUUACGCUAAGGACGAUGUGGAAAUCCGACGUGGUGGUGGAGCAACAGCGGACCUUGGUUCUCAAAUCGUCGGAGAUGCUCAAGCACAUUGCCGAGGCUCCGACAAUGCGACUGGGGUGCGUUGCAGUGCCUCCGUUGGUCAGCACGUACAACAUGGAGGCUAGCCUUCACGUCCUGCAUCAAGUCUCGGCCGUGUGCACCCUAAGCUCGUUGAUGGAGAUGAAGACGGUCGUGCCGCAGGACAUGGUGCGCCACCUGACGGCGUGCCUAGUCUUGGGGCUGGAGGCGUUGCACAGUUGCGAUGUCCUCUAUCGCGCGCUCAGCCCAGAGCUCGUUUUUCUCGACAGCAGGGGCUAUGCCGUGCUGAUGGAGUACCGCAUGUCCAGGCUCGGCACAACGAACGCCUUCACCAUCUGUGGAACUCCAGAGUACUUGGCCCCCGAGCAGGUUCGACACCAGGAGCACUCUAAAGCCGUCGACUUCUGGGGGUUGGGGGUGCUCAUCUACGAGCUCUCCUACGGGACGUCUCCAUUCCAAGCUGAUUCUGAGAUGACGAUCUACAACAAGAUCAGCUCGCACCGUGCCGGUAUGCUGGAGAUCCCCACCUCCUUCGCACCAGCGAUGGGAGACUUCAUAGACCGCCUACUUCACCACGACCCACAGGAGCGACUGGGAUCGAAAGCGGACGACAUUACCGCAAUAAAGACACACCAGUGGUUCGCGGGCUUCGACUGGGGGGGGGUACAGGCGGGGGAGUACUACAACCAGGAGCUGCAGCAGCUGGCGCACGCCAAGGCACAGAAGUUGGCUGGGCAGGAGGGGGAGCUGCCCGACGGGGGCAAGGGCUACUCCGACGACCAAUCCAUUUGGCAGCGGUUUUGAUAUGAGUUCCAUCGUCUGAGCCUUGGUGUAACCUAGUGUAGCCUCGUAUCUUUAGAAACACCCACAUCUACAGCAGUAGUAGUUAUUGGCCGACUGAUACAUGCCAUUUUUUGUUUAGGGGGAGCGACGGGGGCGGGGGGGGUGGUGUGUGUUUCCCCCAGACAAAUACGCCGAAAGUUGGCUGAGUUUGUGGUGCGGGUGUUUGUACCCCGCCUGCGGGAGGACUGGCACGGCGUGUUUGUCACACGAGUCCCCUCGGUAGCGAAGCCGUGGACCUUGUUUAUGAAGGCGACGGGUCGGCUUGCUGCUUGUUUUGACCUUUUUUUUCCCUUCGUGAAAGAGAAGGCAAAGGACAAGCAAAAUGAGAAUCCUUCUUUGUCUUGCUCGAUUCAGGAGGUUUCUUUUUGGGUUAUGGCUGGUUUGCGAUCGACGGCGGCCCUGCGGAGAACUGCUGUGUGUGGUUGUUGCGACAAUCGUUUCGAUGGGUGGUAAAAGGGAGAGCACCCAGGCUCUGGUGUGAUCGAUCGGAGUCGAUUGCUGUGAGGUGCUCGGGUUUUGAGUCCCUCCCUGGUGUAUCCCAACGACUAAUGCCUCCAUGUCGCAUAGCCCAGAAGCAGGUGGAGACUACAGUAGCUGUCCUGCAGGAGCCUGGCGAUUGGUGGCAGGGCUGGUUAUUUGCUGGGUUUCUGUUGUCCUCUGCUGCUGCAGGCAGUGGAGCGGUGGUACGGCUGAGCUGUUCGUACGUGUGG